AGUUUAUUAGGUUUAUCAUAGAAAUGAAAACCAGACUUCCACAGCAAUAAACCAAUAAUUGUUAUUUACACACUAAGAAAUAUUUUCGUAUUAGGCUUCAGCAGAGGGAAACUUUGUCAAGAAGCUUCACCCCCAAGACCAGGGGCUCGAUUCCAGGGCCUAGCUGGGAAAGUAACCUGUUGCGGUAUGCAAUUAAUGUCGUUCAGGUUACGACAUUAAUAUUUUACUGUGAACUUUAAUUAAUGACCGUUUAAAUUAACAAUCAACACACAUAAAAUAUGAGCAUGACUUGUAUGAGACAUAUUUUGGCGAUUACUGAUAGGAAACUUAUUACGUUCGUGCGGUUCGUAAGAUGUAUCACAAGCCGGAAGCUCAAACUUAAUCAGUAAUCGUUGUUUAAAACUAAGAAAUACUACGUUAGUAAGAUACGUUGAACAGCUAUUCAAAAAACAUUGCCUAGAAUUAUUAUGAAAUGUACUUAAGUCUCAAUAAACAAUUAACAGCAGUUAUAAACAGCAUACGUUGGGGAUUAUUCCAACCGAUAUACGUUAGGGGCAUCGUAAGAGUUCGUAUUUGUCAUAAUCCUGUAACUCAUUUAAAUAGCAAAAAAACUAAGGAUUGUCAUUUACAAACCGAGAAGUGCUGUUAGUAAAACACGUUCUGUAGAACUUGCAACCAAUCGGUAACUGGCUUUGGAAACGCGAAGAUCGAAUCUAACACGUACGGAAAAAAUCACAAUGGAAUCAUGCUAACAGAUACCAGCCGGAGGAUGUUGACAUCCCCAGGGAAAUAGGCGUGGCCAAACGAUCACGCAGAGUAAUGUCAGUAGUAAUAUCUAGGCGCAGUGUAAAUAGUUUCAGGCCACUCGUUGCUUCCAAUCAACGACAAAGCCAAACGACUUUGUUUCAUUGGUAUUUGUAUUGUGAAGCCUAACACUGAGCUUCGUACUUGAGUCUUUAGGACAAAAGAAAGACAACAUAAGAGGCCAGUAGAAACUGUACGAGAGAACUGGUGGUGGUAACAAGACAAGCCGAAUGUGGCUGAAGCCGACUAUUUUUCAGCUACUGGUGUCCAGCAUAAUUUCCGUGGUACUCGGCAGAGGUACCACACCCCGCAGUGGUGCAGGAAAUGUUCAUCUUACUGCAAGAAAAUUAGAAGCAAUACCGGACAAUCAUUAUGGCACGAAUGGGUACGUCAUAGACCUUAGACCCCAUACAGCCGUACCAGUAAUAACAGCCGUCAGGAUCUCUAUGCCAAACUUAACCCGACACACCGAAGUCAUUUGCAAUAUCCUCUAUCAGAUAAUCGGCGAAGAGCAGAAAUCUGUGGAAGUGCCAUUGAACAAACAUGUGAUCCCAACAACUGCUGAAAUUGAUCUGCCUGGAGAGUAUGAUGAAUUAAACCCGCCUGAGUGUAACGUAUCUAUCACGGCCAAAUACCCGAUUGGCAAACACAAAGUCCAUACGGCGAGUAUGGAUAUAGGCCCAAUCAACCUGACACGAUGCGAUACAGUGUGCUACGAAAAUUUGGAUAACGUAAAUUCCACUAAAUUGAUGGAGUUAACGAUCGUUGAAAAAUUAGAUGGAUUUGUGAACAUCGAAGCUGCCAUGCCAGAAAAAAUUAAGUAUUGUUAUAACAGUGAAUUGGAUUAUGCCUUUGUUGAGUACGGUACCAACAAAGGGCAAAGGGGAUAUAUCUUAUUUAAAGAUACUACACUUGAGCAGUUUACGUUGAUUGAUAUCAAAGAAAGAUCUUCGUUGAGACUGCGUGUCCGCUACGCCUGUGAGGCCUAUGGCUCGUAUGACAUCAGAGGCGAAAUCGACACUACACCGAUAAGUGAGUACGGAAUCAGUACAGACUGUUUCGAAUUUACAUACGAACACUGGUCUGGCCUUCAAGUUGGCUAUAUUACCAUGCCAUCGCUGAAUAAAUACAGAAACGUCACUUAUAUUAUCACGUGUAGUACGCCCAAAUCAGGAUCACGAUCAGAGUGCCCACUGACCUUGGACAGGACCGACGAAACAACGCCUGUUUAUUUGAGACUAGGGAAAGGUUCGAAUUUCCUGAACGUUACUCCAUCAUACAGGAUUGGCAUGAAGAUGUUCCAAAUGCAAACAUUUGUUGGGCCUUGGAUGAACCUUUCGAGAUGCGAUUCAAGAUGCAUGGACGAACUGGAGGGAAAUGCAUCCGAUUUGCAGUUGGAAAGGAUCAAAGUUGAGGGCCAGAGAUCGUAUAUUAACGUAACGAUAGACAGAUGCGUUAAUACUCCGAAAAACGUAGAGGCAUCGUAUGGUGUAAUUGAGGGCCAACGAGGUUAUCUUUCGAUUUUAAAUAUGAUGGAAAACAGCUUUAUAUUUCCUUCGAUCCACACCUUUCGACGCCUCCAUGUACGUGUAGACAUCUACUGCCCACAAAGUAACUUAUCAUACACAUUCAAGAAUAAACUGCAGUUCGACAAACGAGCCGGUAACUUACUCCGAAGAAAACACAGACUAAAUAAAUCGCAUCGUAGAUUUCGCAAGCAUUCAGUAUCUUCCCGAAGAAGGGUACCCCACAGAAACGGGCGGACCAUACGCUACGGAUUUCGGAUCCUAAACUGAAUGAAAUUCAGGAAAGGAUAGACAUAAUGAGACUGUUGGCUCGUAUUUCGCUGUAGUUUGUACUGAUAACUUGCGGAAUAGGAACGAUCAACAAUGGUCGAUUUCUAACUUCAGCUCCUUUGCAUCCUCAGGUCAAAGAUGGCCUUCGUCACCGGGACGUAUUUAAUUAAUCUAGAGGAACCGAGUGAUCAUAAUUACAAAACGACGAAGUACGAACUCGUAGCCAUAGCGUAAUACGGAACCUGAGUAAUGGUAUAACUGAGCUCGAUCAGAUGAUGCAGGAACACAUCUAUCUACGUAUCGCUAUUCAGCAAUUUCACGUUAUCAACUCAUUUCAUUUUAACGCAGAGUACGGAUGUUAAGCCCUGUGUGUUUUUAGCAAUGAAGUCUCUAAUUUAUAUACCAGUUUGAACACACGGAUGUCGACUUUGCGCACGAUUUACAACAGCUUUUUUUGAAACCUUCGAACGAAUAGACCUCUUAAGAAGCGCAGCGCACCCUCGUCUGUUGAAGUGGGGGUAGUUUCGUCCGUUCUAAUAUAUAAAAAUAUUUUUUCACGAAUAUAUUCUUGUAGUUAAUAUAUAUUAUCGUGUAUAUGAUCUACGAGUACAUUUCGAUAUUAGCGCUCGAAUAAAGCUAGGUAGUCAAUUUAUCGAGGUGGAUUGCCGUAGCUUUUCGCGUGAAGCAUACGAUGAUACUACUGAAUAUCGCCGCGCCGAACAGUUCAAUGUGAAACAUAGUAGUUCGUGUAACGUCUCGUUUCAAUAUGCACAUUUGUCGCAACAAAUAUGUUGUGAUGUAAUUUACUCAUAAUUGCUGGUGCUAAUUUAAGUAAGAAAUUAAAAAAAAAAAAAAAAAAUAGAGAGA